AUGAAUGCAUCGGAUCAAGUCCCUAAAACCUCCUUAGCUGGAUGGCAUAUGCAUCCGUUUACAUCGUUCAGAUUCAUAUGGGACACCGUCCACCGUUCACCGCCUAGGUCUUCUGGCUUCAUGUUUGAAGGGCUGGACGAAGGCAAGGAAGGAGCAUCCCUCCCGCCCUGGAGGCCGUGGCGACGGUUUCGGAAGAAGCCACGAGGUGGCUUUGCCGCUUCGGUCCCAGACUCCAUCCCUCCGGUGAGCCGGGACCGGGGGCACGGGACCUCGCGGCUUUGCCCGAAAGCACAAAAAACCAGCGACUGA